AUGUCCCCUCUCAAGAUCUCGGUCCUAGGGGAAUCAUCUAUCAGCCGCUACCCCGAGCGAUGUGUACUCCAAGUAGCUAUCAGAUCGGAGGGACUGGAGCAGGAGCCCGUGUCCAAAGAUGUGACGCUAACAUCCAAUGAACUCCAUCGAAUUUUCACCGAUUUGUCACCCAAGACACCCGAGGGCCUGGCAAGUACUGACGCGCCGGUGACUAAGUUCUCCAACACGCUUCUCCGCACUUGGUCGAAGGUGCCUACCGAUGAGCAUGGCAAGCCCCUGCCCCGAGUCUAUCACGCCACUUCGUCAUUCGAAGUUAUUUUCCGCGAUUUUGCCAAAGUUGGCGAGGUCAUCGGCAAACUCGUGAAAAUUCCCAAAGUGGAAAUUGAGUCGGUUGACUGGCGUCUGACCGAUCAAACCAAGAAGGAACUCGGCUCUGAAGCGCGCAAACUGGCCAUGCGUGAUGCAGUUCAGAAGGCAAAUGAUUUCGCGGACGUAGUCGACCGACAGGUGGUCGCUGUGGAGAUUACCGAUGAAGGGCACGGAACGCGUUCGAGAACCAAGCAGACAGCCAGACUUUCUACGCUGAGGACGAGUGUCAGUGAUGCCGAGGGGAAUACCAUCGAUCUGACUCCAGAAGAUGUCGAGUUUACAAGCAGUGUUGACGCCAAGUUUGAGUCUGUAUCGGAGGCUUGA